AAAGCGAAAGUGGUUUUUCAAUUAAAUAAGAUAUUUCUUAUAAUUAUAAGUUUUUCUAAAGUGUUAUACUGUUAUCCCCAUUCAAAAAAAAAAAAAAAACGAGAUACCGUGAAGUUUGUGCCCUUAUUUGAAUAUGAUUACAAUGUUGUGACGAUGAAUAACGAAAUAGCUCUGCGCACAGGUAAAGGAGAAUACAUGCAGGGAGAAACAGUUUACGGGUGAGUAAAGUAAACACUGCCCAUGUCCAUGGUGAUAUUUCUAAGUUCGAAGAAAGCCACUGGAUUUUCGGUGGCAUAGAAAGAGAAAGUGGAUGCUGUUUUCUUGUUGAAGUGCCAGACCGAUGAGUGAUCACUUUGCAGGAGUGCAUAGAGUAGAGGAGUUGAGAGGUAUAUUCUACCAGGUUCACAUUUUGUCUCAGACUCAGACUAAUAAUGGAAUGAGCAACUUAUGCAAAAAGAAAUCAGAUCAUACUUGGAAUCUAUGAGUAUGAGUUGAGCUUCCUUUGUGGUCCAUCAACAGAACUUUUUUGAUCCAAAUGAAGCUGGUGUCUACACACAGAAUGUAGAAAAUGUGGAUGCCCUGAAGCGCAAACUGAAAAGACAGUUUGCUACCAGCUGCGCUCUUUUCCCUUCUUAUUUUUGUAUAAGUUCAUGUUCCACUCUCGUUUUCAUGAAGCUUAAAUUUUCAAGAAGUUUAUUGUUACCUUGUGGGAGAAUUAGCCUAUUAAAAAACCUCAAACUCUCUUUGGCAUAUUAUAUUAUUUUCAUACAUUAUAUUUUUUAAAUUGUUACAGUUAUAGUUUUAAAAAAUUUGCUUUGAUAAGAAUAUUUAUGUUUGAAAAGAAUUUUCAUUUCUUUGGAUCAAUAAAAUAAUUUUAUCUUUAUCUUAUCGAAAGUGAAGUGCUAGAACAACUACUUAGUCUAUGAAAUUAAAAAUUUAACUGAUUAUUAGUAAUUAUUAAUAAAAUAAUAUUGGUAGGCUAAAACUUGUAAUUUCAAAGUUAGUUCAAACUAAAUUAUUUGGCUUCAUCCUCCUCCUCAUGUCCCUUAGUCCUUGGACCGUUUGGGCGCCACAGAUGACAUGUGAACCAUCCCACUCCAUUCCUCUCUGGAUCGCCCAGUGUUAGUCCUGUCCACUCUUUGAUGUUAUCCUCCCAUCUUUUUCUUUGUCUUCCUCUUCUUCUCCCUCCUCUUGUGGUGCCCUGCAAUAUUUCUUUGGCAAGCCCUUAUUACGUGGCCGUACCAUUGUAGUUUGUAUUUUGUCACAGUCACCAGUAGGUCAUCGUACUCCCCAAUUGUCUGACGAACCCUUUCUUUCAUUGUAUCAUUGGAGUUAUGGUCCCUAUAGCAGAUGCCAAAAAGGCUUCUGAAGCAUCUAAUCUCCAUCGCCUUUAUUUUCCUUUUAAGAUCUGCUGUUGAUGUCCAGGAUUCGCAGGCUUACAGGAAAAUGGAGAGGACUAAUGAGCACAUCAGCCUGAUUUUGGUGCUGGGGGCUAUAUUUUUGUCAUUCCAUAUUUUCUUGAGCUUCUUUAGUGCUAUUGUAGUCUGCGCAAUCCUGGACAUCAGUUCGGGUUUGGAGCCUUCUUCUGAGACUAUUGCUCCUAGGUAUUUGAAGCGGCCGACAGUCUCUAAUCUAUCCUCCCCGACCUUAAUUUCAGUGGUGGUGCCUGCGGUAUUAUUUGUCAUCAGUUUUGUCUUUUCAGCACUGAUUAGCCUUUCCGUAGGACGACGAGGUCUUAUUGAGACGCUUUACCAGGUUGGCUAGCUCUUCUUCGUUCCCAGCCAGUCCGUCUAUGUCAUCCGCAAAGCGUAGGAUGGUGAUUGUUCUGCUACCAAUGCUGACUGUCCCUUCAUGCGCUUCCAGAGCAUCUGACAUAAUUCUCUCUAGGAAGAUGUUAAAUAGGGUGGGGGAGAGCAUGCAGCCUUGUCGUACUCCAACCGUGGUCUUGAACCAUUCUCCGAUGUUCUCCGACUGCACUCGUGGCCUUAUAGAGGUUGCAUAUCAUGCUGGUUAGGUUUGUGUUGAUGUUGUAGUGCCUCAUGGUGGCCCAUAAAGCAGCAUGCCAAACCCUGUCAAAUGCUUUCUUGAAGUCAACAAAGAUGUGGUAUAGGUUUUGUUGGUGUUGAGCAUAUUUCUCACAUAGUAUUCGGAGGUUUAGAAUCUGCUCAGUAGUGCCCCGUCCUUAAGUCAAGUUAAAUAGUUAAUACCAAUAGUAGUUAGUACUAACUACACUACCAUGACUAGGAGUAGUAGUACUAACUACACUACCAUGACUAGGAGUAGUAGUAGUCGUAUAUAGUUUACUAGAAGGCCUCAUUAGUUAUAUCUUUAACUUAUAGCUACUCUUGUUUAAUGAAUUAGUAGUAGCAUAACUAUAAAUAAAACUUGUCACUAAAAUCCUAAAAACCUAUAUACUAAAGCAUAAGCCUACUAAACUAAAAGUAAAUGAUUAAAAAAUUAUGUGUAGGUAUAAACUGGGGGUGUGGAAUUAGGGGUGACUAUCACCAACCCUAGUGACGAAUUUGGAUACACUCUGCUGGGGAAUGGGUUCCAAAAUUUGGGAUAUUCAGUUCCGCCUGAAAAUAUUAUUUUCAAAGAACCGGUUUUUCGCAAGUGAAAAAAGUGUAUAAAAAUAUAUAUUCUUGUACAACAAAAAUCGCAAAUCUACUCAAAUUUGGCCAACUUUAGCACCACCUUGCUCACUAACCACAAGAGAUAAACGAAAAUAUUUUCUUAAAAACUAAAUCACCUAUCUUCCUAUCUAAAAAAAAAUCUUGAAAUUGCUUAUGCAGAUUAUUUUAAAACCAUGCAUCAGCAUUCAGCAUGAUCUGAUUUUAUGGACCCUAAUAUCAUGGUAUAAAUUCGGGUGAACACUAUAUAUCAAAUCACACUCAAAAAAUUGCAAUUAUUUUUUCUUUCAGGGCUGUAUAUUUAAAUAUUUGUACACCAACAGAGGCCAAUGGCAUUCAAGUGUCUUUCAAAGGAAUUGAGACAUGUAUGUAUGUGUAUUUUAAGGCAGAGUAACAUGAUAAAAAGAAAAACUUUUGAUAAAAAAAUGAAAAAAAGGAUUUUUAUUCUUCUUACAAAUCUUAUUUCUCAUAACAAAGCACUCUUUAUCAAGACUUUCUUUGAUGUGUAAAUGUCUUUAUCACCAUAGAUGUUAAUUCUUUACAUACAUAUAAUUCCUAAAAUCUAGUCAUUGCAAAUUAACUUGUUUUGCUUGAAUUAGUGCUAUAAAUUUAUUUUGUUUUUACAAAUAUUAGGAAGAUGUCAUCAUAAAUGAAUCUCAAGAUAAACCUUUUGUGGCAUAACCUAUCUGUAUUUUCUAGGCAUUUACGAGUAUGAGUACGAUGGGAGAAAGACAUUAAAGAAUGAGACAAUUCAUAUUAACUUUUCAAAUGUCGAUUUGUACUCACAGACAGGUAAGUCUCUCUAGGAUAUAAUUUAAUCCCCAUUUAGUAUUCAAUGGAUGCGAAAAAUAAACAUUUUCAUUUUUUUUGGUUCAUCUUUAUUUACUAAAAAAAGAGAGGAUUAAACAUUUCAUACUCUUGUUAGUAAUGAAAUGAACAUAUAACUUGUAUUUGUUAAAAUUUAGAAAAUGUUUAAUUCAUAUUUUGCAAAUAACACUUUAAAAAAAUAUUAACUACUGAUCCAUUCGAUUAAAAAAAAGCUUCUUUUUGUUUCUCUUAGAAUUUUUUCAGUUUGGCUGUUAUGUUUUCCCCUUCAAGUUUGACCUGCCUAAAACAAUACCAGGUAAAUUAUUGACCUUGCUUUACACUUGUAAUACACAUUUACACAUGAUUGUUCAGAUUUUAUGUUGCAAUGAAAUAGUUUAAGAAAUAAUAAAUGUGUCACUCCCGUUAGCUUUAGUAAUGCUCCAGCCAGAAAAUAAAUGGACUAUUUUAAAGCUAUUCAUUUACAAAAACAACCAUAUAAGCCGGCAGUGCUUUUAAAGACCUCUCAGCCAUCUAUUGUAGAAAAGCAAGUUUCUUAAAAAUACUUAGAGCCUCUAAAACUAUAACUUGACACUUCUUUAAAGCUAAAGCACACUAACUAGCUUUACCACAGGUUUACCACAGUACAAUCCUCUUUGUAUGUACAAUAUUUCACUUCACUAAGCAUGAUGUCGUUUUGCACAUUUUCAUUUUGAGCAGAAGUAUUUAACAAAAGAUCCACCCAAAAAUUUUUAACUGAUGGGAGGACUAUUUUUUGAAAAUUCUUAACUCUUUUUUUAAAAAUCUUGAUGUAUGGAAGGUAAAAUAAUCUUACAUAAUUUCAGGUACAUUCAAGUAUAAAGGGGCAGCAAAUGGAUCCGCUUGGGAUGUUGAUGUGUCAUACUUGCUUCAAGCACACGCAGUCAAAGUAGAUGGAAUACAGGUGUGAAUAUCUAACAUUAACAAAUUCUGAAUACAAGGCUGUUAAAAUUUUUGUUAUCUGAAAUUAAAUGUUUGCUUUUAAAUCUCAUAUAUUAAAUUGUUAUCUAAUCUGUGGAACAAAAAGAAGUGAGGAUAUUGUACAAAUGUAUCAUCACAUUUUUUUUUCAAAUGGUUUAAAAUGCAUUUUAAAACUAGAUGUUAUGCCUCAUAAUUCUGAUAUUUUUAGACUAUUGUUACUAAAUUUGGAUUUUAAAAAUAAAUAUAAUACCAGAAGCAACAAUGUUUCUCUAUUCAAGAUGAACUUAAUAAAUAUUUUCUGCCAUGUGACUGAUUAUAAAAUGUGUAUAUCUCAAUAUCUAAAAAUGUAAAUAUAGCUGCAGUGAUGUAAGGGCAGAUGUAAUAUACAAAUCAACAUCAGCUUUCUUCAAGGCAUUUUUCUAUUCAAAUAUGGAGCCUGAGUAUACAUGAGAUUUUACAGUGUAUGAAAAUAUGUUGCCUGCAAAGGGAAUGGUUAUUUAUCUUAUUUUCUUUUGUUUUAUUAAGGCAUCACAGAAAUUGAUUGUUUACCAAGCUAAAGAAAGUGAAUGCAAAGACAGUCAUGUGGGAUCAGCAAACGAUGUCUCUUUCAAACCUUCACUGUUUUCCUUGACAGGCAACAGGAUACACAUAACCAUCAAGUGAGACCUAAAUACAUCUUAUCUUGAAAAGAGACUAGCAUACACAAAGUAAUAAUGCCAACUCAUACAAUUUUUUUCAUAUUUCGUAUCAAAUAUUAGUGAUUUCCCAUGUGUAUGACUUGUUUGUGAUUUCUUAAAAAACUUUUGACAUAAGAACAUAUUCAGAAUGCUUUUACCUAUUACAGACUGCUGGAAAAUUUUGUUGAAACAGGAUCCAACAUGCAGCUGCGUCUCAUUGUAACCAAUCAAAGCAAGGUUCAUGUCUCUGGAUUCACUAUCAAGGUAACAAACUUUAAAAAAAAAAAAAAAAAAUUCCAAACCUCAUUUUAUUCUUCUUGUUGUGAAUUGAUCCUCUGUAUAGCAUUAUACCGUGGCUCAGUGGUUGUUAGCAGAAUUAGAGUAAAUUAUUAAACCUUGGAUUUAAUUUAUUAACAUUUUAAAAAGGCUGCAAAUAUACAUGGUCAACAUUUACAUGAAUAUUUUAUUGGUUUCCGCCAGUUACUGCGUUACCUGAAGCUCUAUAUGCGAGGCAUGGAGAUGUCAGAUCACGUCGUGCCUAAAAAAAGUGACAGCAAGGUACUGCAGAAUAUGGAGUUCAGUGAAAACAAGCUACACAUAGCACCAGAGUUUGGGCCACAUCAGGUCUAUAGCAUGACUGGCUCAUUUGAUGCUUUGAUGGUGGGAAAGUAAGUGUGGCCAAUCAUGUCCUGACACAAGAUAUGGAGAAGUGUUUCCUACCAUGCAUUUUAAAAGUUUCAUAUCAUUUGUCUUGAUGGGCUUUUUCUUUAUUUUUUAUGUGUGUGUGCUUCUUUCAGCUGUAAUGAUUUGGAUAGCAAGCAUUUGAAUGAAUUACUUUGGGGAACAUUUAAUGACCCAAGCAUGAAAGGCUUUAUUUUCUAUGUCUCUAAUAAAGAAACAGUUUUGCUCAGGUGUAUUUGGUAACAGCUGCUUUGAUUUAUGCUGCAAUUAUUUUUUUUUUAAUCCUUAAAGGGAACAAAGUACUUCUUUAAUAGAAAAAAUAAUAAUUUAAUAUUCCCCCCCGCCCCCACACUUUUUUUUUUCUGAUCAAUUUUUAAAAAAAAAAAUAGAUCCAUAAUUAAGUCGUUUCCAACUUCUGUGUAAUUUGCUUUAUUUUCAACUUAUUUGUAUUUGAGUUGCAGUUCGGGGUUAGACCGGCUGCAGAUUCCGUUACAAGAGAACCUGGAUGACAUACCUCCCACUGUUGAAGGGAAACAUGUCAAGGUAUGUGACGGCCAGUUUGUCUCUUGUGUAAAUUUUAAAAAAUAAUUGUCCUCGCACUUUUUCUUUGGUCUACGUAGUCAAUAAGUCGGAUUGUUCAUUUUCAGCCACAAUUCAUCUAUAAGCCUUUGUAAGUAAUUUUGAAAGCAUAUGUUAAUGUUUUUUUUAAAUGUUUUUAUUUAUUCAAUAGUUUAAUUUAAUUAAAAUUAUUUCAUGCAAAACCAUGCUUACAAAAUAAUAUAUAGUCAAGUAAUUUUUAUAUGCUUUUUUGAAAAAUGAAAAAAUUAAAAUAAAGUAAGAAAUAUUAAUUCAAAAACCUUGUUGAAUUCAAACUUAUAUUGCAUCCAGAAUCAAUACGGAGUUGAAGUGAUUGUGAGGUUUAACAACGGUCAUACAGAAACUGUGAACUUGAAAAUACCUGGAGUGCUACCACGGAAAAAUUUAGAAGUAAUUGAAUCUUCAACGUUUAUCUUAUGUUCAUAAAUUGUCUGUCUUUCAUGAAAAAAACAUUUGUAUUCCAUUAAUGAAAUAAUUUAACUACAGUUUCCAAAUUUUGAACAACUGUCUGAUUAGUGAAUCAAAUUUAUUUAUUGAGUAAUAGAAGUAGAUAUUGAAUUACAAAUUGUAUAAUCUUUUUUCAAAAUGUUCAACAGUUUUAAAAAGCAAGGAUGGAGUUUUCCAAACUAAAAAUGUUCCUAAAGCUACAUUUGUUUGUUUUUAUGUUUCCCACAGUGGGGCAGAUGGACGCCACCCGACUGGACCUUUAGAGCUGAAACAAAACUUUCAACCUCCUUGUUUUCUGUUUCAGAGCUGUUGUUACGUAAGUUGCUGCAAACUUUUUUUUUUGCCGUUUACUAAUUCUUGACCACUUUAAUCUCAUGUUCAGAAUUAUUGGUAGUUGUAUAGUGAUGAACCAAACCCUAAAUUUUUUUAAUUAAUCCUUAUGAUAUUCCUUUGAUUCGUCUUUCUAGUUGAUUAACUUACCCGCUAUUGAGGAAUUAGAGUUUUAGUCGAAGAAAAUGUAGAAAAUCUUUUGUUACGUAAGUCACUGCAAACUUUUGUUUUUGACAUUCAAUAAUUCUUGACAAAUGUUUCUCCUAUAACACUUGUUUAGAGCUUAACCACAGCCUAAAAUGAUCAAAUUGAUCCUUAUUAAAAUCCUUGGCAUCAUAUUUCUAGUUUUUUUUAUUUACCAUGUUUUUGGGAAUUUGUGUUUUGGUCAAAGAAAAAAAAACAACAUAAAAUAAAUCCCAAAGUCCAUAAUGGCUUAAAAGCAAAGAAAAAAACAUAUCUCCACAGGUAUAUUGGUUAGGACGAAUGUACAAUUUAUUUAUUUAUUUAUUUAGGCAUUUUUAUAUAGCGCUUAUCAUAAAGCUCUAAGCGCUUUACAAUUAUUAAAACAUGUAAACUAAGUAAAUACAAAUGAGACACUAGGAUAGUAACUACUAUUCUAUAGAAACAAUGAAAAUGGCUAUAAAAAGAGGACACUUUGACACUUCAGGAUUAAACCGAAACAGAAAAUUAGGUAGGGCAAGGAGGGUGCAUCACAGGUCAUAGGCGGACCUAAACAGAUGAGUUUUAAGGGACUUUUUGAAACUGGACGAGGUUUCACUAUGACGUAUAUGGAAGGGGAGCUGGUUCCAGAACGUGGGCCCAUGGAAGCAGAAGGAGCGUUCACCGAUGGUCUUAGUUUUAGUUCUUGGGAUUGAGAGGGUUCUACUGUCAAUGGAAGAACGUAGUUGUCUUGUGGGGAUGUAAGGAAGCAACAGUUCAGAGAGAUAGACAGGAAAGUGAGGGUCAGUGAACGAGUUGAAGCAAAGAUUGGAAGACUUGUAUUUGAUGCGAGAGGAUAUUGGAAGCCAGUGGAGUUGCCGCAUGUGUGGUUGAAUGUGGUCAUGUUUCUUUAAUUUAAAAAUGAGUCUGCAUGCUGAGUUCUGUGCCUUCUGAAGUUUUUCUAUGUGGUGUUGAGGAAUGCCUGAGAGAAGAAUGUUACAGUAGUCAAAUUUUGAAAGAAUGAGUGAAGAGACGAGAGUUUUUGUGGCAUCAAAGGAGAGGAGGUGUCUAAUGGUGCUGAUUUUUCUAAUUUCGUUAUAUGCUGAUCUGCAUAUAUUCGUGACAUGUUUGUCCAUGGAGAGGGUGUCCGUAAGCGUGACUCCAAGGUUUCUGGCAGAGGGAGAGAGUGUGAUGUCAGAGUUGCCAAUAGAUAUAGAAGAAGGAGCGAAUGGAGGGAGAGGUUUGUUUUGAGAGUGGAUGAGAAGGAUUUCCAUUUUUGUGUGUUCUUUUUUUUUCCUUCAAUUAAGACAGAAUGGCUUUCAUAAUUCUUGUAUAUUUGUCAACCCCCCCCCCCCACUUACCCUUAAUAUACUACCAUUCUCAGGAUCUCAUUAUCACAUCAUUCUGUUCAGAUCAAAUAUUAUACAUAAGGUUGAACCAUUAUAUAUAUCAAAGAAUAAUUGCUAAUUGAAAUGAGACAAAUUUAAUAAUUUUUAGUGUAGAAAUAAGGAAGUAACUUGUUUUAGUAUUUCAUGCACAAUAAUGUAUAAAAUCUAAAUUAUACCAUAAAUGAAGUAAAUGUUCUUAAGUGAUUGAAAAUGGGGGAAUUUUAUGUUAAUUUUAGGCUCACCAGUUUUUUUGUCACCUAAAUUUCCAAAAUCUUUGGCCCUAUACUUUCUUAAUAAAACUUCUUACACCUUGUAGUUGUUUUUUAAAUAAUUUGAAUUUAGACAGCAAUUAAUUUUAAGUGCUUACAUGUAUUAUGCAGUAGAAAUUAACAUAACUAUGAUAUAAAUUACAGCAUUUGUUGAACAAUUCAUUGGGUAAAUUAAACUUUAAUAAUGUUUGUUUUAGGCACUGAAGCAUUCUCUGGUUUACCGGCAUUCCAAGUACUUUAAUGUGAUGCUAUACAACACAAGUUCGCAACAUAUCCAGUAAAACAAUGUCCUUCAUGAAAUUCUAUGCAAGCAAAGGAAGUAAACAAUGUUUUAAAUAAUUUUUAUUUAAACGUUUUAAGGUAUUUUUUUUUUAAAGUUUUGAAUUGUACAUUUAAAACAAAAGAUUUUUACAAAGAAUAUAGAUAACUAACACAAUGAGAGUUUUUGUUGGUGUAAAAGUUAAAUAAGAUUUGAUAUGUUACUACAUUUUUAACCUGUACAAAUUGUUUUACUUUAUGAAUGGUUUUUGUUGAUUUGUUAGAAUUUUGCAACAGAGCAUUUGACACAUUCCUUAAAAUCACAAUAAUUCCACUUCUUUUUUUUCUCUACAUUUUGCAAAUAUUUAAAUUUAUUACUAACUGGGUGACAAUUUAAGCCCCUGGUCCCCAACCCAUGUGUUACCACCCCAAAUUGGAGCGCAGAGAUUUUUUUGCUGAGAAAUCACUGGGUGACACUGUAAAUUAUACAAAAAUAUGACCAACAUUGCAUAUUUUUUUUCAGCUAUGUUUUAUGAUAAUUUAUUUGUUUCAAUGUAUCAAGGUCAGGGAUCACUUUGCUUCUAUAAAAUCUGAUCAUGUGUCACCUGGGUUCUAUUGUAUGGGGUUGUAAAUCAAGAAAGAUUCAGAACAUCUGAUCUAAAUCUAAGCAUAGAAGAAAGUUACUAAUUCUCUUUUGAAAGUCAAAUUUAUUCAACCGAAAUUCAACCUGCACAAGCUCACAUUCCCUUUAUUUACUACCGGCAUUGUACAUUUACAUUAAUUAUUAAUUGGCUGUGACAAUUAUUAUUUUUUAAACUCUUCCUGUCUUAGAAUAUUCAUUAUAUUCCACAGUGGGUGACAAUCACAGAGAACAAACUUUUGUUUUGUAAUUGCUCCUUUUUAUAAAUUUUAAUACUUGUGCUAUUCCUCUUGUAAUGUACCAGUAUUGGAAACACUGGUUUUCAUUUUUAACUUAAGAUAUCCAACAAUUAUGUAUUAGCACAUGAAAAAUUAUUACAGUUUGAGUUGAUGUAAGAUAAUCCUUUUAUUUUUCUCAUGAGGAUUGAUAUAGAUUUAAAGAAAAUCUUAGUAACACUGUCUUAAAAAUGGGAAAUAUAUUUUGACAAAAUAAGUUUAAAAAUUGAUUUUUUAAAAUUUGCCACAAAUGAAAUCCAACUCUCUGCCAUUUGACCUACUGAAAAUCAAAAGCAUUUUUUUUCUGGUCGUGUCUAUGAAUAUUUUUAUAAUUAUUUAUAUUGAAAAUUAGCAAAUAGAAAUUUGAAAAAGGAAGAGCAUUGUAUAAAAAAUUAUUACUAAUAUGUUGCCAAAAGCUUUUUUAGCAGGCAAACGGUCGGUACUCAACUGGAAUGACAUAAAAAAUUGUAUUACAAAUUAUAAUUCUCUAGGUAUGUAAGUGUGUAUGGCUAAAACGCUGUGUACAUUAGAUGCUCAAAAUAAAAUUCCCAGAAGUUAGCACCAAUUGGAAAUCUUAUCAAGUCCUUACUUGAAGUAUGUUUGGUCAAGUAACUUUAGUUGAUGGGAAGUUCAGCAUUGCGGGCCCCAUUGUUUGGCCAUUUUUGUCUAGUUUAUACCCAGUUCUCUUUUUCUUUAUAUUUCUAGCUUUCUUGCAGUCCACUUUGUAACAUAAAGGAAAAACAAGUGUCAUUAUUGUGUGAAGUGGACUUAAAAUAAUUCAAUUUACAUUAGUUGUGCUUGUUGAGACUGAUUUCUUUUUGACACAUUCUCUCUGUCUUUAUGUGAACACCUUAUCCAAGUCAUCUCGUAUAUCCAACAACUUUCUUCUAACUGCUACGAUACUACAAUUAUGAAUGUAACAUUUGCACAGAAGUUUAUAAACACUAACACUCAAGGCCAAGGCUCAGUAGCUAUUUUAAUAUAGCAAAGCACAGUAUGUAUAAAUGAUCAAAACAAUGAACAAUAG